AGCCAAAAUCCAGCCAUGAUCUUUGAUUACAUAUUGGAGUAUCUUAAUUUACAGAGCUGCCUGAUUGGCAUAUUUAUUUUCCUUCUGCUUAUUGAUAUCAUCAAGAAUAAAAAUCCAUCCAACUUUCCACCAGGACCCAUGCCUCUUCCCUUUGUGGGAAAUGUCUUCACUGAACUUGAUUUCAAGACCAUAGACAAGCUUGCUGAAGAGUAUGGAGAGGUUUUCAGUCUACGAUGGGGCAGUGAAAAAGCUGUGUUUAUCUCUGGGUACAAAUUGGUAAAGGAGGCCCUUGUUACUCAGCUGGACAACUUUACCGAGCGUCCUGUUGUCCCCCUUUUUCACAAAGUCUUUAAGGGCCUUGGUGUUGCCCUAAGUAAUGGGUACCUGUGGAAGAAUCAGAGGAAGUUUGCCAUAACACAUCUGCGCUACAUUGGUGAAGGGAAGAAGAGCCUCGAACUAAGCAUCCAGCAAGAGAGCAACUUUCUGUGCGAUGCCUUCAAAGCUGAACAGGGUCCUUUUGACCCCCAGUUCUACCUGUACAAUGCAGUCUCAAACAUCAUCUCUGCUUUAGUUUUUGGCCAUCGCUUCGAAUACCAUGAUGAGAAGUUUUUAAAUGUCUUGCGUUUGGAAGCUGAAACUGUCAUUUUGUCAGGUUCAACCAAAGCUCAGUUGUAUAACGCCUUUCCUCGCCUCUUUGAGUACCUUCCUGGCCCACAUCAGAAGAUGUUUUCUAACUAUGCAAAGAUAUUGGACUUUCUAAGAGAUGAACUAAGAAAACACAAAGAGGACUGGGAUCCCUCAGACCCACGGGACUUCAUAGACAACUACCUUGUAGAAAUGGAGAAGAAAAAGAGUGACCCUGAGGCUGGUUUUAAUCUUGAGACAUUGUUGAUUGCCAUGCUGGACAUGUUUGAAGCAGGGACAGAAACAGCAUCCACUACAAUACGUUGGGGUCUUCUCUGUAUGAUGAAGUACCCUGACAUACAGAAAAAGGUACAGGAUGAGAUUGAUAGGGUGAUCGGACAGUCACGCCAACCCAGCAUGGCUGACAAGCCCAACAUGCCCUACACCGAUGCAGUCGUCCAUGAGAUUCAACGGUUUGGAAAUGCUGUACCUUUGGGUUUUCCAAAAAUGGCAUGUAAAGAUACCACACUGGGUGGAUACUUCAUACCGAAGGGCACAUCUGUGACUACAAAUCUGUCAUCUGUGCUUAAAGACAAGACCAUGUGGGAAACACCAGAAAAAUUCAAUCCAGGACACUUUUUGGAUGAUCAAGGCCAGUUCAUAAAGAAGGAUGCCUUUCUGCCCUUUUCAGCAGGAAGGAGAGCAUGUCUGGGAGAACAGCUGGCUCGUAUGGAACUCUUCUUGUUCUUUACAUUUCUUCUACAGCGCUUUACCUUCUCCCCUGGUCCUGAAGAGAAAUUAAGUCUGGAUGGACAGUUGGGCUUCACUUAUGCACCUCAACCCUUUCGCAUGGUUGCAGUCUUAAGAUGAGACCUCACAGACUAGAGGAAGUUGUUUUUUGUGAGAAACAGAGAUUUCUGUGUGCAAAAAAUUACCACUGUAAAUACUACUGUGGCAAAAAUAAAGAUUGUUGAUUUGUAAUGCAUUAAUCACAGUAAAAAGAUGGUUUUUUUUGCAUUUUUACACUUAUAAAAAUAAGAAUAAAAGUAGAAUAAAAAUACUG